GUAAACAUGAAAGUCUCCAUUCCAGCUUCAGGACCUGCCAGUGUCACUGUUUUUCCAAAGCAGAAAGGUCAGUCAGAGGUGAGCAUCAGCAGUGUGGAGUCUGAACCGUCUGGCUAUUACUACCAGGGUGUGUGGCGAGCACUAGGUGGCACUACCGUUCAUCAGUUCAACACUUCCUCGGCCAUCACUCAGUGUCUGAAAGGAAAGCAGGUCCAUAUGUAUGGAGACUCCACAAUGAGGCAGUGGUUUGAGUACCUUGAUGCAGCACUACCAGAUCUAAAGGAAUUUAACCUGCAUAGCCACAAAUCAAUUGGACCUUUAACGGCCCUGGACCAUGCGAAUAACAUCUUUGUAAGGUACCGCACCCAUGGUCCUCCUCUACGUACUGUCAAUGUCCCAUCCAUGGAGCUGCAUUAUAUUGCCAAUGAGCUGGACAAUGUGCUUGGAGGCAGUAACACUGUAGUAGUUUUUGGCAUCUGAGCACACUUUGACAAUUUCCCUAUUGGGUUCUACAUCCGUCGACUGAUGACCAUCCGCGGUGCAGUGGUACGGCUACUGUCCAGGGCUCCAGGCACAGUGGUUGUCAUUCGGACUGGAAAUCCCAAACCUUAUACACUUCUUGGCGCAUUUGUUAACAGCGACUGGUCCACUUUUCAGCGGCUAAAGGCACUCAAGGCUAUAUUCAAAGGAUUGAAUGUCCAUCUGGUGGAUGCCUGGGAGAUGGUUCUGGCCCACCACCUGCCACACCUCAUGCACCCACAACCUCCAAUUAUCAAGAACAUGAUUAAUGUUCUGUUGUCCUACAUAUGUUCUCCAAAGGGUGGAUAGAUGUGUUUCAGUACUCCAUCUAUAAACAUAUUCAAUCCUCAUCUAAUCUGUCUUCUUCACUCUUCACAGUGCAGUUUAUGAAGACUGCUCCUGUUUUCACAGUUCCACUGUGAUGUCAACUCUUGGCUUCUCCUUAGACUUCAAUUGGGGCUUUUUUUAUUAGUGCUUUUAUAUUUACUGAGGGAAAAACCAAAACAAUUCUGUUAUCCCUUUUGUAUUUUCUGUUUCUUUCAGUAUUCAUAAUAUCAAAUCAAAAUCCAUUUAAAUAAGCCAGUUUUACUUUUUAGUUAUUACACCAAACAUAAAAUAGUAACGUGAGGGGGUAAAAAUGAAUGAAAUUGAAAAUGUGUUUCCAUUGUGCUGGUCGACCAAUUACAUCACUUGGAUUUGGUGCUUCACUGAAUGACAUUUUUUCCUUUUUAUGGGCCUCGUUGUCAGUGGGAAGAGAGGCCAGUAAAGAAGCGGACCAAAGUUAUCCUCCAAAUCUGUGUCACAGCUUAUCGAUCGAUUUGUUGAGACUUGACUUGAGUGUGAAGUAGUUUUUCCUUUCUUCUUGCAUUGUGCUUGCUAAUUUGUGUCUGAAAGGUGGAAAGGGAAAAUGUCAUGUGACUAGGUGGUGUAUGAAUUAUUUGGAGAGGUUGUUCAGAGUUGAUUAUUUGUUGUUGUUUUUUUAACAUCAUUUUCAUAAUAUACAGAUAGAUGCCUAUUAUUGUUUCACUAGCUUGCCAAUUAU